AUGACGAGCAACAAUCGGAGCCGACCCAUGUCUCAGAGACGCCUCGUAAUGAUGAUGACAAAGUUCACUCUUCCUACGACCUUAGCCCCCUAUGAUGGAUUAGGGGAUCCAAAGCAAGACAUCAGAAAGUUCCGAUCUAUAAUGAUCUUCAAUGGUGCAUCUGACCCUAUUUUAUGUCGUUGUUUUCCGUCUUUUUUAGAUGGUCCUGCACUUGACUGGUUUUGCUCUUUGCCUGCGGAUUCUAUCUCACGCUUCCAGGAGUUGGAGAAGCAAUUCGAGGACCACUUUGCAGCAUCUGCAAUAUACUUGCAUGAUUCUGAUUAUUUAACUACCAUCAAGCAAGGUCUCCAGGAGAGCCUGAAAGAUUACAUCACCCGUUUCACGAAGGUAACCAUGAGAAUUCCUGAUCUUCACCCUGAGGUCCACCUGCACGCUAUCAAAAGCGGCCUUCGUCCAAGUAAAUUCCAGGAAGCUAUCGCUGUGGCCAAGCUGAAGACCUUAGCCGAGUUCCGCGAAAAGGCAAAGGGCCAGAUAGACAUUAAAGAGCUUCACCAAGCCAGAAAGGCAGAAAAGUCAUUAAUAACUAAGGACGACGAUAAACCUCGGGAUAACAAGAAGACCUUUAAACCAGUUCCUCGUUACGAUUCGUACACCCAGUUCAAUGCAAAAAGGGAUGACAUUAUUAAGGAAAUUCUCAAUUCAAAGCUGAUCAAACCCCCCUCCCCCCGAAAGGCCGGCACCUAUCCUGAGCCGAAGAACAUUGACAAAUCCAAGUACUGUGCUUUUCAUCAAAAGCACAGCCACACGACCGAUGAAUGUGUGAUUGUCAAGGGCCUCCUCGAACGACUAGCCAAACAAGGGCAUCUUGACAAAUUUAUUGCAGGAGGAUACGCCAGUGGCGGACCUACAAGCUCAGCCAGAAAAUGCACUUAUAGGGCUAUGCUCGCUGUUGCAGAUACCGUUUCCAAUAAUCAGUUACACCAGAGCAUUCCCGAGAUGACAUUUCAUCCAACCGACUUCAAUUCGACUGACACCAAUCUAGAUGACCCUAUCGUCAUCUCUAUACAGUUAGGCGACCUCAUAGUCCGGAAGGUUUUACUUGACCUAGGCAGCAGCGCUGAUGUUCUGUUCUUCGCUACAUUCGAAAAAAUGAUAAUUUGGUGGCUACAGUUCAUGGUGACCUUCAAGAAGCUCGCCAAUGUUAUAUAUGCUGAACAAACAUAUAUGCUGAACAAACAUCAUUAG